AUGUACUCGGCAACACCAGGGUCGGGCCUACCUGUUACAGGGGCCGUUGGCGGGAGAACAGGGACAGGAUUGCCCGUUACAGGGUUACCAGGCGGAAUUACUGGGGGCAGCGCCACUGGGAGCACCAGCAGCACCAGCAGCAGCAGCGGCAUCACCGGAGGUAGCGCCGCGUUUGCCGCUCCCUCCUCGUCCCUGCACCUCUCCCCGCCUUUCCCGCGCCCUGCUGCCUCUGCAACCGCCACCAGCACUACCAUCAGCAUCACCACUGGCACCGGCGGUGGCGGCGGCGGUGCGACCAGCGCGUCUUCAGUAGUCGAGGACCAAGGCGGCGGAACCGCGACAGUCGCGUCGGGGUUCUCCCCGCAUGUCUUCAACAUCCCGUCGGGCGGCGCGGCAGUGGGCGGAGGGACGUCCACGUGGCUGCAGGCGGACCAUCCACAUCACCACCAGGUGCUGAUCCCGUCCGCGGCGCACAAGCGCGCCACGUUCGUCUCGUCCGAAGGCGCGCAGCUCGCGGGCGGAAUAAGCGGCGGAAUUGGCAGCGGGAUAGGCGGCGCGAGCGCUGGAUUAGGCGGGGUGAAUCUAGGUCCCCCAGUUUCGUCUCCCACCCCCGAAGUAAUCACAAUCACAGUCCCGCCCGCAUGGGACGACCCCGCUACAGCGUCCUCUUCUGGGAUUGGUCGGCCGGGGCAGCAAACCCUAGAGCGCGAGCAGCCAAUCCCAGCGCAGAGCUCGCGACCGUUACCCGAGGGGCGGGCGAAAGAACCCAAAGAAAAGGACGAGAAGGCGGAAGAGGAUUGGCGGAGAGGGCGGGUGAAAAUCCCACCACACGAUUACAGCCACGUGUCAGCAGCGUCCCAGGGGCUGUACGCGUUUGUAGAGGGACUCGACUCCUGCCCUGGCUGCCCCGCGAACCUCUCUCUCCUCAUCCCCCCCUCCUGCACCAACUGCCGCACCCUCCCCUUCUCCCACUCCCUCUCCUCCUGUGCCGCCCACCGCAUCGCCUACGCCGCACUGCGCCGCCCGGACCACGACUUCACUGUGGCUGCUACAGUGCCGUCUGCCGCCCAGGCUACGGCCGGCAUGUUCCAUGAGUCACGGGCGCCACUGGUGCUGCAGGCAACACGGAAGAGGGGGGAGUUGGGUUGCGGGGGAGGGGCGUGGUGGGGGGGAUGGACGGGGGGGAGUAUCUGGGGAGAGGGUGGGGGAGGGAGCGGCAUCUGGGGAGGAAUUGACAGGGGAAAAGGGAGGAAGAAGUGGGGGAGGAGGAGUGGGUGGUGGAGCGGUGUGCUUGAGGGGGGGAAAUGGGGGAGCGGCGGGAUGGAGAGUUUGUGGUGGUGGAAGUGGGUGUUUGGAGGACCAGGAAGAAGGGAGCUAUGUGCGCAACUGGAGGUGUGUGGAGUGAGUGAAGCAGUGGUGGGAUGGGAUAGGUGUGACGCGGGUAGAGUUAGAUCAGAAAUCUACCAAAAGAUCGUGGAGUUGCUUGCUCUAGCCCACGCGCCCUCGCUCUUCUUUGUCCUCCACGAUUCCCCCGAGGCCCGACUCCUCACGGCCCUCCACUGCUGCCAGGCUCUUCUUGCUCCCCCGGCUGCUGUGGAGCCUGCUAUAGUCGAGUUCCUCACGCUGGCCCACGCGCCCUCGCACUUCUUUGCCCUCCACGAUUCCCCCGAGGCCCACCUGCUCACGGCCUUAGCUGCUGCUGCCAGGGGUCCCCUCGGCCUCCCCCUUGCUGCUGUGGAGCCGGCUGUCUGCCCCUCACCCGUCUAG